CUGAGAAAUCAUGUUGUCUCACUCGUCCUCCAUCCUCAUAGCCCUGGCUGCUUUGUUAAUGACUUGCCAUGCAUUGAGUAUAUGUCCAGGAAUUUCUGGGAUACCUGGUAUCCCUGGAAGAGAUGGUCUUAAAGGUCUGCCUGACUCCCUGCCCACCGAACGCCACACUGCUUUAGCGAGUUUGAAACACCGGCUGCUCCGACUCGAGGCUGUGCUCGCUUUGAAUGGGAAAAUAAGAAAAGUAGGAAAGAAAAUGCUUGCCAGCAACGGGAAGAACGUCGACUUUGCAUCUGCACUACAAUCCUGUGAGGAGGUUGGAGGAACUCUUGCAGCUCCCAAGAACGAGGAGGAGAAUAAAGCCAUUAUGGACAUUGUGAAACAGUAUAACCAAUACGCUUACUUGGGCAUUAGAGAGGGGGAGACUUCAGGGCAGUUUCAGUAUAUAAAUGGCAUGCCUCUGAAUUACAGCAACUGGCACCAGCAUGAGCCUGAUGGUCAAGGGAAGGAGAAAUGUGUGGAGAUGUACACUGAUGGCACCUGGAAUGACAAGAAGUGCAACAUGUAUCGUCUCACAAUCUGCGAAUUCUAGAACGGCCUUUCAGCCACUUCAGAGCAGGGAGAGAGUGAAGUGUCUGUGUUUCAGGCUGAUUAAGUUUCUGCAGUUUCUCUGUAUCCUAAAAUAUAAAAUGAAUCAUAUUGUGAUAUUUUUUAGCCUUGGGAAAAUGCCAAAUGUGCUCAGUGAUUAACGUGAUUAAAAUGUGCCUGAACUGA